CGGCGAGGCGGGGGGCGUGGAGGCGAAAAGAGACCGCCUCUGUCUGACACGUUACUGGAGUCCUCGGCAUCUUGUCAAGUGUGCGAUCUACGCCAGUCGGAAGCGAUAUUUGUCGCGGCAGACACAAAUGAGACCAUGGACCCGGGCAUCCAAAGCAGCACCAUUGAGCUCACGGAUGUUAAUGGAACUGAGUCUGUGACAAAGAAUAAGCAAGCAAAUGGAGAUAUCAAAGACAGAGGUACAAACAUCAAUUAUGGAAUUGAUGAUGUUCCGCCAUGGUAUCUUUGUAUUUUUAUGGCUUUACAGCACUACUUAACGAUGAUAGGUGCAAUUGUUUCCAUUCCAUUUAUCCUUACUCCAGCACUCUGCAUGAAAGAAGAUGAUCCUGCACGAGGUCACAUUAUUUCAACUAUGAUAUUUGUAACUGGUAUUAUUACUUUCAUUCAAGUUACAUUUGGAUGCCGUUUGCCAAUAGUGCAAGGGGGAACUAUAUCCUUCCUUGUUCCAACCUUGGCCAUUCUGAACCUACCAGUUUGGAAAUGCCCUCCUGAAGAGAUUAUAAGUGCCAUGUCGUAUGAAAAUCGGACAGAGCUUUGGCAAAUUCGAAUGAGAGAGUUAUCAGGAGCCAUUGCAGUAUCUGCUGUAGCUCAAGCUCUGAUUGGUCUUCUUGGUAUUGUGGGUGUCAUUUUGAAGUUUGUCACACCCCUUACUAUUGUGCCAACAGUAUCACUAGUAGGAUUGUCACUUUUUGAAAAUGCAGCUGCUGCUGCUUCUCAACACUGGGGUAUUUCUAUAGGGACAAUUAUAAUGCUAACAACAUUUUCACAGUGCAUGGAAAACAUUAGUGUACCCAUUCUAAGCUAUAAGAGAGGAAAAGGUUGUCAUGUUUCAUGGUUUCCCCUUUUUAAAUUGUUUCCUGUUCUUCUCACCAUUUUGAUUAUGUGGGGAAUUUGUGGACUUCUAACAAUUACAGGGCAUCUACCAGAAGGACACCCUGCCAGAACAGAUGUCAAAUUAUCAAUAUUGAGCCAAUCUUCAUGGUUCAGAAUACCUUAUCCAGGACAGUGGGGAAUUCCAACAGUUACUUUAGCAGGAGUAUUGGGAAUGUUAGCAGGUGUACUUGCUUGUACAGUUGAAUCAAUCAGUUAUUACCCCACAACUGCUAAAAUGUGUGGAGCGCCACCACCUCCAGUUCACGCCAUUAACAGAGGUAUAGCGAUUGAAGGAAUUGGAACAAUAUUAGCUGGUGUUUGGGGCAGUGGAAAUGGCACUAACACAUUUGGAGAAAAUGUGGGAGCAAUUGGAGUCACCAAGGUUGGUAGUCGACGUGUCAUUCAGUAUGCUUGUGUACUGAUGGUUCUUCAAGGAGUUAUUAAUAAAUUUGGUGCUGUUUUCAUUAUAAUUCCUGAACCAGUAGUAGGGGGAAUAUUCUGUGUGAUGUUUGGAAUGAUUGCAGCUUUUGGCCUGUCAGCUUUGCAAUACGUUGACUUGAAUUCUUCACGAAACUUAUACAUCAUAGGAUUUUCAAUGUUUUUCUCUCUGGUUUUACCAAAAUGGAUGCAAGCUAAUCCAGAUAGCAUUAAAACAGGAAGUGAUGUAGCUGAUGGAGUCUUGACUGUCCUGUUAAGUACCAGUAUAUUAGUUGGAGGAGUUCUUGGCUGUUUCCUUGACAACCUUGUUCCUGGAUCACCAGAAGAAAGAGGUCUUAUAAAAUGGCAAGAUCAAAUGAAGCUCAUUGCAAGUGAAGAUGCAGCAGAUGAUGAACCAAAUACUUUUGACUUUCCUGUGGGCAUGAGUACUCUGAAAAGAUGGAGAUGGACAACAUAUUUACCUUUCUCUCCAACAUAUAUUUCACGGGAGUUCAAGUUUUGUAGAAGAAGCAAAAAAGAGCAUUGAAAAUUACUGAAAGAUCUAUUGAAAUGAAGAGCUUCAUGAAUAUUAAUUCAUGAAAAAGUUGAAGACAGUUUUGUUAAGAAAAUGAGCUGUUGCAUGAAGAUGGUGUUGAUAUUCAGAGGCAUCAGAAAUCGUUAACGGAGUUAAUGACAAUUCAAUUGGUGAGACACAAUUUAAUAGGUAUCAUAUUUUGAAAUUAAAUAUUUUCUUGAUGAAAGUAGCAGAAUAUGGAAACCUACAUCACAGUUAUUCCUCUAAAAUAUUUUCAUACAUUUUUGAUUUUUUGUAAACACUGAAAUUAAAUAAAUAAUAUCUAUAAUUUAAGUAAAAAAAUUAAUUUUCAAAAACAUGAUUUAGAAUUUGAUUAACCUUUUUGUCAUUAUACUUCCAAGAUUUUGAAAAAUGUUUUUCAGUAAGGAGGCUUGCAAUGAUGUGUUCUGCUGUAAUGUUGCCAGCACCCAGACACCCAACAUCAUUAUUUUGGACUAAUAGGCUACCAAUCUUUUUUUAUUUAAUUUGAAAAUUGAGAAAAAGCAGUACAUAAAUUCAUAGUCUGAUUUAUAAUCAUAAAUUAAAGAAAUAGAAAUCAAUCAAGCAUUUUGAUCAAUGCCAUAUUCUUUUCAAAAACCUCUUGCAAAUAACAGAUUAUAACCUUUGGGUUGAACUGCUCAUGUGUUAUCUACUUGGCUGACUGAGAGACAUGUCAACUUUUCAGAAGUCAUGUUGUGACCUUCCUCAGGGCAAACUGCACUAUGUUUGGAGAAAGGUUGCAUGAUGAGUGCUGAAAUGAUUGCACCUAUGUUUAGGACACAGUGUCUCUCAGCCAGCCAAACAGAUACUGACUCCAACUGCAGAAGCCUCUACUUUCAUUUCUUUUGCUGAUGUGUUAAUUAUGCUGGGUGCCCAUGAUCCUUUACAGUGAUAAUGAUUGAAGUAUGGUGUACAAUUAUGCGUUGUUUUGAGCUUUGCAAGACUUUCUAGAAAGAAUUAAUGGAAAAUAAAUUGAUAUGAAAAGUUUUUAUUUAAUUGCACACACAUAUCAGUAUAAAUAAGUAAGAAAUCUGUGAAUUGAAGAAUGGUAAUUCUCGGUAUACUUUUGAAAAGGCAUUACUUUUUAUCACUUGAGAAAAAUAUCAAUUUCGUUGAUAAUGUGUGACACUUUGAUGGAUUGUGUAUUAUAAUGCAAGAAUAAAACAAAAAGAAUUUUGUUUUUUUAAAACCUGCACAUCCUGAAAGCUAACCACCAGAUACUUCACUCUUAUCCAUAUGUUUUGAUUUAUGAAUAAAGAGGACAAUGUUGCAUGAUUUGCUGCUUAUACUGAAUACACUGAGCACCACCCAUUAAGGCAAAUUGGUUUAAUCUAGGGUCAAUCUGUGAUGUAGUUUUUCAUGAAGAAUAUAAGUUACCAAUUAAAUUUCACUGUUGUCUUUUGCGAGAAAAUGUACUAAAAUCUGCAGGUCAUACUGACGUCUUUUUUUUGACCCAGAGAGAAGAUGAGCAAUAAAUAGUCACUUGCAGUCACUAAGACAUAGAGCCACUAAAACUUUCCCGGGUGCCGAGGCAGUUGUCAGGCUAUGGCAUCCACUCUCUUCAGACACAUGCAGUGAAACCUGAAUUAAUUAAGCAACCAAUGUUGAUUCCUUGAAAAGAGUGGUCAUUUAGAGGGGUGGUUGCUUAAUAUGGAUAUCUUAUUUUAUUUUACAAAAAAUGAUCUAAUAUUACUGGAUGUCAGAGGUUUCAGAAAGUGCCUAUUGUAUUGGAAGUUUAUGUAAUGUUUUUAGUUCAUGAGCACAAAUUAUGAAAAACUAAACAUUUUUACUAAAUUUAUAUAUUUAGUACAAAUUUACAUAUUGGAUAUAAA